CUGUUAAUUAAUUCAUUUAUCAUAUAAAAUAUGAUUUGGUUUGCCAAUUAAGUUGCAAGUACGGUACAAAUGUACAGUUUAAGUACCUCUGAGUGUAGUACAGUAUAAAGUACUACAUGUACCUCUGAGUGUAGUACAGUGUAAAGUACAUGUACCUCUGAGUGUAGUACAGUGUAAAGUACUACAUGUACCUCUGAGUGUAGUACAGUGUAAAGUACUACAUGUACCUCUGAGUGUAGUACAGUAUAAAGUACUACAUGUACCUCUGAGUAGUACAGUGUAAAGUACUACAUGUACCUCUGAGUGUAGUACAGUAUAAAGUACUACAUGUACCUCUGAGAGUAGUACAGUAUAAAGUACUACAUGUACCUCUGAGUGUAGUACAGUAUAAGUACAAUAAGUACCUCUGAGGUGUAGUACCUUAUUUGUUCUCUAGUACUCAAACAUGUAGUCCUGAGUUACAUUCCACCGCCACUGUUUUCUCGCGGAGUGGUUCCUCUGUUUAAUACACCACCUUUGUCCCAUCUCAUCGCGAGCUCCUCCGCGCAGCCUCCCUGCAUCCGAGCGCGAGCAGCAUCAGUGCGCGAGCAGCAUCAGUGCGCGAGUAGCAUCCGAGCGCGAGCAGCAUCCGUGCGCGAGCAGCAUCAGCGCGCCCCGAGCGGAGCCCGAGCCACAGCCGAGCAGCGCGCGCAUGAAGUCUCUCCCCCGGACCAGCGGCGUGUUUCCCGGUCCUCUCGUGUCUCUCCCGGUUGGAUGUAGAGUGACCGCGGGCCGGUAGUCAGUCGGUGCUCCUCCUCCAUCUCGGCCUCGUCUCCCACUCCGUCAGGACCGCAUCCUGCCACAGAUCCACAAAAUGGCGGACAUCAUCGAGCUUGGACCCGCCUACGCCAUGUCUCCGGUCCUGGCGGGCUUCCUGGGAGCUGGUGUUCUGGUCCUGGUGGUGGUGGUUCUGGUCCUGCUCUGGUCCUUCUGCCAGCGCCGCUCCCUUUGCGCCUCGGGCCGCUACAAGCUGCACGGCGACCGCUACGGCGCCGCCGAGGACCCGCCCUACAAGUUCAUCCACAUGCUGAAGGGCAUCAGCAUUUACCCAGAAUCCCUCAGCGGCAGCAAGAGGAUCGUGCGCGGCCUGCGGCGCGCGGACCGCUCGGCCCGGGACGGGAGGGGCGGCGCCCGCGGCGGCGUCGGGCGCGGCCCGGCGCUGGUGGACGCCGAGAACAACAUCCUGGACGUGCCGGGGCAGCUGCAGAUGAGCCACCUGGUGCCGCCCGCCGCCGACCAGCGCCGCCCGGACGGCGCCGCGACGCCCCUCGAGGAGCCGCCGCCCGGCCUGGGCGCCGUCAGCCUCACGGUGGACUACAACUUCCCCAAGAAGGCCCUGGUGGUCACCGUGGUCGGCGCCCGCGGGCUGCCCGCCAUGGACCGGCAGGCCGGCAGCUCGGACCCCUACGUGAAGAUGACCAUCCUGCCGGAGCAGAAGCACCGCGUGAAGACCCGCGUGCUGAGGAACACUCUGGAGCCGCUGUUCAACGAGACCUUCACCUUCUACGGCGUGGCCUACAGCGCGCUGCCCGACCUCACCUUGCACCUCCUGGUGCUCAGCUUCGACCGCUUCGCCCGCGACGACGUCAUCGGGGAGGCGCUGGUGCCCCUGAGGGGCGUGGACCCCCGAACGGGCCGCGUGCACCUGAGCCAGGACCUCAGCAAGAGGAACAUGCAGGGUGAGGGCCGUGGGGAGCUGCUGGCCUCCCUGUGCUACCAGCCCGUGUCCCACCGCCUCAGCGUGGUGGUGCUGAAGGCCCGCCACCUCCCCAAGAUGGACAUCACCGGCCUGUCAGCCAACCCGUACGUGAAGGUGAACGUGUUCUACGGACGCAAGCGCAUCGCCAAGAAGAAGACCCACGUGAAGAAGAGCACCCUGGACCCGGUCUUCAACGAGUCCUUCAUCUACGACAUCCCACCCGAGCUGCUGCCCCAGAUCUCCGUGGAGUUCCUGGUGGUGGACUUCGACCGGACCACCAAGAACGAGGUCCUGGGCCGCCUGCUGCUGGGCCUCCACAGCCCCGCCCCCUCCGGCGCCGCCCACUGGAGGGAGGUCUGCGAAAACCCCCGCCGGCAGAUCUCCAAGUGGCACGACCUGAACGAGUACUGACCCCUCAAAGACUCACACACACACACAGGCACACACACACACGCACACACACACACGCACAGGCACACACACACAGGCACACACACACACACACACACACACACA